AUGUAUGCCAGUGUGAAAUCCUGCAGAUAUAUCCAAGUCUAUGUGUGGAAAGAAAACCCCGAGAUUGGUAGCAUGUCUAAUAAGUUGGAAAAACUUGUCAGGGAUCAAGAAGACUCGGAAAUCUCAGGAAUGUUUGGUAAAAUGGCAAGCGUUUUCAAAGGUAACUCAAGCUCGAACGAAUAUCAAACAAAGCUUGCCUUGUACCCUGCAUGCGAGCUAGUUUUGUAUAAAUCAAAGGUAGCUUUGAGGGAAAAUAAAUUAUGA